GAUGCCAACCUUGAAGGAACAUUUCUACGGCUUGUCGCGGUCGCGGCUGAGGGAAGAAGCGACGAAGAAGUGUGGCGACUUGCACGAGAUCUACUCGGUGAACGGCGACUGCUUCAGGGGCCACUGGUGGAAGGACAAGAAGGACGGUCUGGGCGAGCAGAGGAAAGUGGACGGCUACAAGUACCACGGCCUGUGGAGCCAAAACAAGCGGGACGGCUACGGAAUCCUCAAAAAGAAGGACUUUGUCCUGGACAGGGUGGACGUCAUUUACGAUGGGCAGUGGUGCAUGGGCAGACCAGACGGCCUUGGCAUAGGGUUUCUGCCUGACGGCACCUAUUACGAAGGCGAAUACAGAAAAGGGUUGCGUUCCGGCUGGGGCACAAUGAUGCACAGCAACGGCAGCCAGACUUCUGGUCAGUGGCUGAAAGACAGGGUCAACGGAGUUGCGACCUGGUGGAAUAGCAACGGCAACUUCUAUACUGGCGAGUUCAAGGACGGAAAGUUUCACGGAAAGGGCGUUUACGUGAUGCCAAGCAGGGGCAAAAUGCUGCAGGGUGUGUGGAUGGACAACCAAUUUUUCAAAGGGAUCAGCAAAGAUCUGGAGGACGAAUCGAAGCGCGCGGAAGAGAUUUUGGAGGAAUAAAAGAAUUAUCAUCUAAUGAUCCUAGACAAGUUCAUUAAUGUGCCGUAAACUUAUCUUGAAUGAAGUUAAUUUAAUUGGAACCUUUUCUGAUGCAACGAAUUUUUUAUCUCCAAAACUUGUCUCAAAUCCAUUAAUGUGUCCACUCUUAAUUCUGCAUAAACUAUAUUUUGCUUUAGCUGUGGCGUCUCUGAUUACCGUGUAUUAUAAUCAGGGCUGCCUCUUUUUUGAGCUUCUAGAAAAUUUGCCUCGCAAAUUAGCCACCUGUGAGACACAAACAGAUUAUUAAUGAAUAUUCGCGCUCUGCGUCCG